UUUUAUUAUCCAUGACACAAGAACAAAGAAUAGAGAAAAUUAAACAAUUAAGACAAGAACUUGGUCAGACCAAGCAGAGUUUGACAGAUGAGUACCUUGAACAGUUCUUGAUAGCUCGUAGUUGGAAUACAACAGCAGCAAAAGAACAACUCUUGAAGACGUUUGAAUGGCGUCAAAAGAACCAAGUCGAUCUUCAUCCUGUAGCUACUUGUGAAAAUAAACUGCCUGUGUUGUAUGCCGUACGCGGGUUUGACUCGGUACCUGAUAGUAACUUAGAACCAUUGCCAGGCGUAUCUGAGUCUGUCUUGAGAAUCAAUACAUUUAUGGGUGGUUCCUGUCUUCAUAAGGUGGAUAAAGAAGGAUGCCCUAUCUAUAUUGAACGACUCGGCCAUCAUAAAGCCAAAGAUAUUGCCAAGCAUUGUAAAGUAGAAGAAGUACAGGAAUAUCAUAUAGGAUGUAAUGAGUUCUUGCAUCGUGUUGUCAUGAAGGAUUGCUCAAAAAAGGCAGGUCGUCAUGUCAAUCGAGAAACAGUCAUUUUUGACUGUACUGGCAUGGGAUGGCACCAAUUACAUAUGCCUGCCUUGAAUUUCAUUCGUGCUAUUGCUGAUUGUGAUCAACAAUACUAUCCUGAGACACUCAAUAAAUUCUUUCUUGUGAAUGCACCAAGUGCAUUUGUCUAUGUUUGGAAGAUUGUGAAAGCAUGGCUUGAUCCCGGUACCAUUGCUAAAAUUCAAAUUCUUGGAUCAGACUAUCAAAAGGCAUUACUAGACCAAAUUCCAGCUGAAAACUUGCCUGCCUUUCUAGGUGGAACAUGCACCUGUCAACAUAUGGAUGGCGGGUGUGUUCCUUCUCAGGUAUUAAAGAAUGCCAAACCAUUGAUAGCUCAAGACCAUAAUGAAAAAGUACCUACUGCUUACAACACAGAUAUUAUGAAUCAAGCUAAAUCCUCUCCUCUCCUUCAAGGCCCCACUUUUUAUACUGAAGAAUAAAUGCGUAUACUUUUUUUUUUUUUAUUAAAAAGGAACCGUGUGCGUUUAGUCAAAGAGACCGAAACCCAUAUCGUCAUCAGAUU